UACGGAGUAACGUAUAAAGACAAGACAGACCAUAUGAUUGUAAAUGUCACCAAGUCCAGCCCAUUUUACCUGAAAACCUUGACCAGGUGAUUGCCUAUCUACAAAGGUCUUAUAUAGGUUGGAUAAGAACGGAAGGUCAUUGUUAGAGAAUCUCUCAAUCAACCAUGUCAUACCUCAGCGUUGUAAUAGCCAUCUGCCUGGUCUGUGUGUGCCAUGCCGGGACCUUUCCCUUCAGUGACUGCAUGAGAACCAACAAUGAACGUAACUCUAACAACAUCGUCCAUGUUAACGCGGCCACGGCCAGCCCUUUCCCUGUCGUUGUCCCCGGGCCUGUUGACAUCGUAGGAAACUUGGAUGUCUACAAGAACAUAACUGGCCCUCUCCAGAUGUCUCUGUCUGUCAAAAGGAAAGUGUUGGGACUCUGGGUACCAAUACCAUGCAUCUCCAAUGUUGGCAGCUGUACCUAUGACGAUGUGUGCUCGCUUUUGAGCUCAUCCUUCAUGAAAGAUGGAACAGCAAAUUGCCCCCCACAGCUGUCUGGAGAAGGCUUACCAUGUACAUGUCCAAUUCCAGCGGGCCACUACGAAUUACGCCACGGACAUUUCCAGAUCCCUGAGUUGUCUGGGGUCUGGAGCUGGUUAGCGUCGGGAGACUAUCAGAUCCGAGCCACCCUGACAGACAAGGCCAGGAGUACACAAGUGGCCUGUCACUCCAUGGAUAUGUCGAUCGGUGCCCCGUGCUCAUUCUUCAGCUGCCUAUUCGGAUAAGCUUUUUUUUUAUGUUUGAUCAGGUUUCAGAUUCUGAUGUGAUUAUUAAUAAAACAAUUGCGUCAUCCACCGAGUAAAUAUUUCCCUUUUCCUUUCAGUUUUUCUGGAGUGCUCACAAUUUUAGAAAAACAAAUUAUCAAAUGGUACGUGUAGGAAGACAGACAGACAUUUUCAGACAUAUUUUAGAACAAGCUCCAGUAAUAUGUUUUGAAAAGGGACAAACUCUCCUCCAAUCAAAAAGGCCAAAAUGUCUUCCUUAACCUGCAGAUUAAACGUUGUGAAUGACUAAAUGUUACUUGUUUAAAAUUCACUCAUUAAGUAAACUCAAAAAAAUCAUUAGAAAUUCUUGUUAAACUUUACAAUAUAUUUCAAUGGAUCCAUAUGGUGAGACCAGAAGUCAUUUACUAUAUUGCAGCAAGUCAAGAUUGAGUCUAGUUUCCCAGACAGAGCCAGUCUCGUAUGUUUCCAAGAUGUAGUUUCCAUGCACCGCUGUCGUACAACUUUCGCGAUUUCAUCAUUGCAUCUAUAAAAUGAGGAGAAAACAUAUCUGUAUAAAUGUAUCAUGUAAAAAGCCACCUGUCAUAUGGGUGGGAAAUGAAUACAAAACGAGGUCUUUUUUUUUUGAUUUUUUAUUUUCAAGAUAACUUGGAAUGGUAGAUCACUUUGCAAGGAAAGGUUAUCAAAGUAAGGCAUGAGACCGUAAAAUAUAAAGGAACAGUUUCCAAGUGUAUAUAGUGUAAACAUACGACGUGCAAAAUGUUUUACCAACACCGAUCUACACAAGAGGUUUUAGUCUUCUCUUUCUGUUUCAUAUGUCUUUGAAGAUUUGUUCAAUUUAAAACAGACAACUAGAUAUUCUGUGAUGAUAAAAUUUACAUUGAGAUUCGAGGGAGACAUUUUCAGUAACAGGUAUAUACAUAAGAUUCCGAUGAGAUGUGUCAGUUAUAUCUUCUCAAAGUAUUACCUAUAUAACAUACACUUUGUGAAUAUCCAGAUAUUGUCCAGCCAUAAAAACUUUUAAACGUU